ACAACAACGACAACAGAGCAUACGGAUUGACAUUUCCUCUCCUACUGAAAAGCGACGGCACCAAAUUCGGCAAAUCAGAGGAGGGUGCAAUAUGGCUAUCUCCAUCCAUGCUAUCUCCAUACAAAUUCUAUCAGCAUUUCUACACCGUUCCUGAUACAGACGUGAUUAGAUUCAUGAAAACCUUAACAUUCUUAAGCUUGGAGGAGAUAGCAGAGAUGGAGAUUGAAAUGGGUAAGACGGAUUACUUAGUGAAUUCGAUCCAAAAGAGGCUAGCAGAGGAAGUGACUCGAUUUGUUCAUGGAGAAGAAGGAUUGGAACAGGCAAUGAAAGCAACUGAAGUGAUGAGACCUGGUUCUGGUACUAAACUUGAUUGGAAAACAAUUGAACAGAUUGCAGGGGAUGUUCCUUCUUGUACACUUUGUCAUGAUAAGGUGAUGAAUCUGUCUUUAAUGGAGCUUUCAGUGACGACUGGAUUGAUGGAAAGUAAAUCUGCAGCUCGACGGCUGUUGAAACAAGGUGGGUUAUAUCUUAACAAUUGUAGAAUAGAUGAUGAGGGGAAGAAGAUUGAGUUUGAUGAUAUUGUUGAUGGUAAAAUUCUACUCCUUUCUGCUGGUAAGAAGAACAAAGUUCUUGUAAGAGUAUCUUAAAAACUCAUCUUAUGAAAUUGUUGUAUGAACCCU